AAAUCCACAUGGCUCAUUCUCGUUCUAUCAGUCUCGUCUGUCGGCCUGUCGGCGAUGUCGACUGAUCGCCGUAAUCGCUACCCAGUGCGAGUCCAGAGAUUACGACGCGCCGAAGAGGAGGAUUCGGCCAACUCGGCGUUCAAGUGAAACUAACAAGCACCCAAGGGCGCGCGAUAAAGGGGUCCCAGAUGACGCCACUUUUCAAAGCAGUCGUAGCACGGUGACGUGCAACUUCUGGUACUCGGCGCACGCUCAAAAAUACAUUUUCUGCAAGAAUGUCACUGCCGUGGAAAACGUUCAGCGGACUUUCGGCGACGUAUGUUUUCAGGCGAAUCCUGGGCAAGAGGAACCUGCUGUUCCCAAGGUUUUGCAGCUCCUGGAUCGGCCAGGAGGUGCUGGAGAAAGAGGACCCCGAGAUAUGGGAGCUGGUGAAGGAGGAGAAAAGGCGCCAGGUCACUGGGCUGGAGCUAAUCGCAUCCGAGAACUUCGCCAGUCGUUCUGUCCUCGAGGCAUUGGGAUCAUGUCUAAAUAACAAAUACUCUGAAGGAUAUCCUGGUCAAAGAUACUACGGAGGCACAGAAGUUGUCGACAAGAUUGAGUUGCUCUGCCAGAAGAGGGCACUGGAAGCAUUCAGCUUGGACCCGGACAAGUGGGGGGUCAAUGUGCAGCCGUAUUCCGGAUCUCCGGCAAACUUUGCCGCGUACACGUCCGUGCUCAGCCCCCAUGACAGGCUUAUGGGACUGGACCUGCCGGACGGUGGACAUUUGACUCAUGGCUACAUGAACGACCAGAAGCGCAUAUCAGCAACGUCAAUAUAUUUUGAGUCAAUGGGAUAUAAGCUAAAUAAAGAGACUGGCCUCAUCGACUAUGAAAAAAUGCACGACAUGGCACGCCUGUUUCGACCCAGACUCAUCAUAGCAGGAACAAGUGCUUACUCCCGGCUGUUAGACUACAAGAAGUUCAGAGAGGUGUGUGACGAUGUCAAGGCAAUCCUGAUGGCUGACAUGGCUCACAUCAGCGGGUUGGUGGCGGCAAAAGUGAUCCCAUCGCCUUUUGAAUAUGCUGACCUGGUCACAACCACCACCCAUAAGACACUCAGGGGUUCAAGAGCAGGUCUCGUCUUCUUCCGCAAAGGCCUUAAGGAGGUGGACAAGAAAGGGAAGGAGAUCAUGUACGACUUUGAGUCUAAGGUCAACUUUGCAGUAUUCCCAGCUCUGCAGGGAGGACCUCACAACCAUGCCAUUGCCUCUGUGGCUGUUGCACUGAAGCAGGCCACUACGCCCCAUUUUCGUGCGUACCAGGAGCAGGUCGUGAAGAAUGCCAAGGCCAUGGUGACAGCUUUGCUGGCAAAAGGAUAUACAGUAGUGUCAGGAGGCACGGACAACCAUCUGCUCCUGCUGGACCUGCGUCCCAAGGGUCUUGAUGGUGCACGGCUGGAGUCCGUCAUGAACGAGUGCAACCUGACUGCCAACAAGAACACCUGCCCCGGCGACAAGUCAGCCCUGGUGCCCGGAGGGAUACGCCUCGGAGCUCCUGCGCUGACGUCUAGAAACUUCAAAGAGAAGGAUUUCCACAAGGUGAUAGACUUCAUUGACCGAGCAGUGACAAUUGCCCUUGAAGCCAAGCCAAAAGCAGGCAAAACAGUGAAAGACUUCAAGCAGUUCAUUGCCAAAGAUGAAGAAACCCUGAAAAAAAUGGCUGCCCUACGUAAAGAUGUGGAAGCCUUUGCAGUCACCUUUCCCAUGCCAGGAUUUGAUGAUCGCUAAUAGUGACUUUUUAUGUGCAUUUUGUAUUUAUACAUAGAAACAGUCAACUAAGAAUGACAUGGAUGUUGGUGUUUGUUGAUAAUAAACUAUAAUGGAGCAUGUUGUUUGUUAUAUUGCGCAAUAAAGGCUUGUUCUGCUUUGC